AUGGGUUUCCGCGGUCAUGCAGUGGUUGGGUUCUGGUUCUACGACUCCAAAACCAAAUCCGAUUACGAACCCGAGCCAAAACUCAAGAAAUUCCUGGCCGAGAAUAAGAAACCCGUUUUUAUUGGAUUUGGAUCAAUUGUAGUAAACGAUCCCGAUCGUCUUACACGCACGAUACUGGAAGCAGCACGGUUGCUGGGGAAACCAGUGAUUAUACAGCAAGGGUGGGCGGAUAUCAGCGGAGA